AACUGGCGAGAUAGCCAGAGGAUGUAUGAAACUGAGGGUGGGCCACAAGCGGUCACGGGGGGAGGCGACGGCGACUUUGGCAGGAGAGGCGGCCAGCGGCCAGGCCGGCAAAGGCUCUGUGGGGGCGGCCUGGGGCGCGCCGGAACAACAGCCAGGUGCUCGAGGGCAUCGCCAGGCAAGGGGUGGCUUCUUGGUGCCCUCUGCGCUUGGCGGUUUCCCCACAGACGUGUUGAGAGCGGGCCGGGGGACAUCCUGGGGCGGGGAAUGCGUGGGGCCGGCCGGCUUCCUUGAUCAGAGGACUGUUCCCUCCCCUAGGGCUCCUCUUCUCUGGAAACAGCCCCAGGCCACCCAGUGCGGCUGGGGGGGACAGGAGCCCAGGUCCCCCCGGCCCUGGCCCCGCACCUCCCCACUCCCCCAACGUAGGACUGGCUCAGACCCCCCCCGGGCCCAGACCCGGACCCGGGUCCCUUCACGCCUCGCCCAGCGUUUCCCCUCACGCUGCAUCAGCUCUGGGGGAGGGUCUUGGGGCAGGAGCCAUUCCGGUGAGAAGGGCCCAGUGGAUCUGGCACCGGGCCAGGAGCGCCUCGUGGCUGCCAAAACCGCCGGUGCCCUUUUGUGCCGCAUCGACAGCAGCGCGUCAGGAUCACAGCAAGGGACGGACAGCACUGCUCUCCGCUGCGCUGGUCGGACCCCGCCUGGGACCCCGCGCCCAGUUCUGGCCACCGCAACACAGAGAGGAUGCUGCUCAACGUGAAGGAGGCAAAACCGUACAAAAAGGACCUUGGUGCGCUUAGCCUGAAGAAGAGAAGGCUAAGGGGUCUUCCGAUGCAGGAAGGGGGUGCCCCAGGCCAGAGGGCAUGGGUCUGUUCUCCACUGCCUGCGAGAGGAGGGCAAGGGCCGGCAGGUGGGAGCUUCACAGAGGGAGAUCCAAGCUUGAAAAAAGCAGGAACGCCCUGACCUGUCCUGUCCUGUCCGUUGGCGCAGUUAAGCUUUUAUUCCACCACGCGGCCUCCCUGCUGGGGUCACUGGGGCUCCCUCACCGGAGCCUUCCGGCCAAAGACUGGACAGCCCUUGGCCCGGGAUGGCCCGAGGAUCCCCCCCCCCCGGCACAGGACCCUUGGAGUCCUGUGAUUCUAUUAUUCCAGCGUUGCUCACCCUCGGCGGCUUGGAGAUGUGCGGACUUCGGCUCCCAGAAUUCCCCAG